AUGGCCAACAACCCGCAGUUUUCCGGCGUACAGCCUCCUCCUCCACCUCCUUUGGUUGGUUCUUCUGAUGCUCCUCGAAGUUAUACCCCAGGUCCACCCAUGCCGAUGCAAUUCCGGUCAGUUGCUCCACCAGUGCCACAACAGUCUCAGCAGUUUCUUCCUGUGACUUCUCAACAUUUUCAACCUGUUGGGCAUGGUGUGAAUAUGAUGAACCCUGGGUUGUUUUCCCAGCCUCAGCAAGUCCAAUAUCCGCCGCCAUCCAUCCAGCAUUUACCCGUAAUGCCUGGUCAAUCUGCACAUGGUCCUCUUCCAUCUCAGCCAAUUCCACUGACUAAUGCUCAGCCUAAUAGGCAUGUUGUAUCCGGAACAUCGCUACCUCCACCCCCACCUCCAAAUCAAAAUCCUACUGGUUGCAACCCGAGUUUAGGUGGCCCAUUACCGUAUAGUUUUGCACCAGUUCCUUACCCUCCGCCACCAGUGACUUAUAAUGCUGUAACCCAGUAUCAGCCUAUCGCACAAGUACAAGCAUCUAGUGCUCCUGCCCCAUCUCAGCCUGGAGUAUCAUCUGCGAAGCCAAGUACUCCUGCUAGUUUGCUGCAUCACAAUGGUGAACAGCCUUCAGUGGCCAAUUCAAAUGUUUUGACAAGGGGUAUAGACUGGAAGUCCACUGAAGGAGUAUCAACAGAUUGGAUAGAGCAUGUAUCUACGGCUACUGGAAGGAGAUAUUAUUACAACAAGAAGACGAGAACAUCUAGUUGGGAAAAACCUUUUGAAUUGAUGACUCCAGUUGAGAGAGCGGAUGCAUCAACUGACUGGAAGGAAUUCAUGAGUCCUGAUGGCAGAAAGUACUUCUACAACAAGGUUACCAAGCAGUCCAAGUGGGAAAUCCCCGAGGAACUGAAGUUGGCCCGCCAAGGAGUAGCAGAAACAUCUACGGUGGAGACACCAGCUGAAAGUUCUCCUGCCCCAGCUUCUGACGUUUCCCAUGUGGAUAAGAUGACAUCGGGGUCAGAUCCUUCAUCCUCCACGGCACAGGAUGCACCAUCUAGUCCUGUUCCUGUUCUACCCAUUGCUGCUGUUGGGCAGUCUCAUACUUCUGAAUCAUCUCCAUUAGCUGCUGCUGUGGCUUCUUCUUUAACUACACAUACAGAUUGUCAAAAGCCAGCUUUGGAUGAAGGAACUGCUGAGGUUCCUGCCACCUUGGGCGACCCUAAACUAGGAACAAGGAUCAACUCCAGCAACAGUUCACCUGAAUAUCCUAACAUAGAAGAACAGGUUGCAAAACAAGAUAAAGAGGAUGCAGGGAAAGACAUAUCAACAAGUGAGAAAAUGAACAAUGCUACGGCAGAAGAUAAAACUGCUAUAAGGGAGCCCUUAUCUUUUAUUGAUAAACAGGAAGCAAGAAAUGCAUUCAAACUGCUUUUGGAGUCUGCCAGUGUUGGGUUAGACUGGACCUGGGAGCAGACCAUGCGUGUGAUAAUAACUGAUAAAAGAUAUGGUGCACUCAAAACACUUGGAGAAAGGAAGCAAGCAUUUACUGAGUUCUUGGCAGAAAGGAGAAAACAGGAAGCUGAAGAGAGGCGCACCAAGCAGAAAAAAGCACGUGAGGAAUUCAGGAAUAUGUUAGAAGAGUCGAGUGAUAUAACUACAGCAACCCGAUGGAGCAAAGUGAUAUCCUUAUUUGAACAUGAUGAACGUUUCAAAGCGAUCGAAAGAGAGAGAGAUCGCAAGGAUCUGUUUGAUGCAUAUUUGGAGGAGCUAGCAGAGAAGGAACGAGUAAGAGCUCAUGAGGAGCGCAAAAGAAAUGUUAUAGAGUACAGACAGUUUUUGCAGUCUUGUGAUUUUAUCAAGGCAAGCACCCAAUGGAGGAAAGUUCAAGAACGGUUAGAGGCUGAUGAAAGAUGCUCACGACUGGAAAAGAUUGAUCGGCUGGAGAUCUUUCAGGACUACUUACGUGAUUUGGAGAAAGAGGAAGAAGAGCAAAGAAAGAUACAGAAGGAAGAAAUGAGAAAGGCAGAGCGUAAAAACCGUGAUGAAUUCCGUAAACUGUUGGAAGAACAUGUAGCUGCUGGGACCCUUACAGCCAAAACUCAUUGGCGUGAUUAUUACUUAACGGUUAAAGAUCUACCUGCUUAUUUAGCUGUUGUAUCAAAUACAUCUGGCUUAACUGCUAAAGAUUUGUUUGAUGAUGUUGCUGAGGAGCUAAACAAACAGUAUCAUGUGGACAAAACUCGAAUAAAAGAGGUGGUGAAGUUGAAAAAGGUUCCUAUGGCUUCAGCAUGGACAUUGGAAGAUUUUAAAGCUGCUUUCGAACUGGAUGUUGCCUCCCCCCCUGUAUCCGACCCAAAUCUACAGAUGAUAUUUGAGGAAUUACUUGAAAGAGUCAAAGAAAAGGAGGACAAAGAGGCCAAAAGGCGCAAGCGUCUUGCAGAGGGUUUCCUUGAUCUGUUGCGUUCCAUCAAGGAAAUCACUGCAUCCUCCAAGUGGGAAAGUUGUAAAGAGCAAGUUGAUGGUAGCAGAGAGUUCAGUUCAAUUGGUGAAGAGAGCUUCUGUAGAGAGAUUUUUGAGGAAUACAUAAAUCAACUAAAAGAUCAGGAGAAGGAGAACGAGCGCAGGAGAAAAGAUGAUAAGGCAAGAAGGGAAAGGGAUAGAGACGAUAGAGAGAGAAGAAAGUUGAAGCACAGAAGGGAGAAAGAAAGAGGUCAUGAGAGAGAAAAGGAUCAGUUGAAGGAGGAAAUGGAGAGUGAGAGUGUUGAUGUGGUAACAGAAGCCCAUGCAUCGGGUGACGACAGAAGGCUGGGCAGUGAGAGUAGCAAAAAACAAAGGAAGAGGCAUCAUCAUGGAAUAGGUGGGGACGAUGACCCCGAAGAAAGUGAAAAAGAGAGGUCCAGAGGCAGCCACAAACAUAGUAGUGACCACAGUAAAAGAGGGAGAUGGAAUGGUACUACCCCCGAUUCGGACAGUGAGAGCAGGCAUAGAAGGCAUAAGAGAGACCACCACCAUAAUGGUUCUCGUAGGACUGGUAAUCAUGAGGAACUUGAAGAUGGAGAGUUUGGGGUGGAUGGGGAAACCCGGUAG